CUGACCGGAGUCCUGGACGACUGCUUCUGUGAUGUGGAAAGCAUCGACGUCUUCAACAACUUCAAGCUUUACCCUCGAAUCAAGAAGCUGACGGAGAAAGACUACUUCAGAUACUACAGAGUGAACCUGAAGCGACCGUGUCCAUUCUGGCCCGACGACGGACAUUGUGCCAUCAAGGACUGCCAUGUGGAGCCCUGUCCUGAGAGUAAGAUCCCAGUGGGCAUCAAGUCUGGGAACUACAACAAGUAUUCCCAGGCAGCGAAUACGGUGUCGGACAUGACGGAGUGCGAACAGGCCAAAGAACUGGGCGCCAUCAACAGCACCCUGAGUAACCAGAGUAAACAGGCGUUCGCUGACUGGGCGAGACACGAUGACGCUCAGGACAACUUCUGCGAGCUGGAUGAUGAAACCUCUCCAGAUUCAGAGUACGUGGAUCUGCUGCUGAAUCCGGAGCGGUUCACUGGAUACAAGGGUCCUUCAGCCUGGAGAGUCUGGAACAGCAUCUAUGAGGAAAACUGCUUCAAGCCCAGAUCAGUGUACCGACCUCUGAACCCUCUGGCUCCGAGCAGAGGAGACGACGACGGAGAGGGUUUCUACAAGUGGCUUGAAGGUUUGUGUUUAGAGAAGAGAGUUUUCUACCGACUCAUCUCAGGCCUCCACACCAGCAUCAACAUCCACCUGUGUGCCGAGUACCUGCUGGACGAGGGCUGGGGCCGGUCGGUCUGGGGUCCAAACGUUCAGGAGUUUCGGCAGCGCUUCGACACGGCGGAGACAAAGGGCGAGGGCACACGGCGGCUGAAGAACCUUUACUUCCUGUACCUGAUCGAGCUGCGGGCGCUCUACAAGGUGGCGCCGUACUUCGAACGGGCGUUCAUCAACCUGUACACUGGAAACUCGCAGGAAGACGGAGCCACGAAGGACCUGCUGCUACAGGUCUUCAAUGAGAUCAGAGCUUUCCCAAUGCACUUUGAUGAGAAGUCCAUGUUUGCCGGACACAAAAUUGAAGCCAAAACAUUAAAGGAGGAGUUUCGCCUCCAUUUUAAGAACAUCUCCAGGAUCAUGGACUGCGUCGGCUGCAGUAAAUGUCGACUGUGGGGGAAACUGCAGACUCAGGGUCUCGGUACAGCCCUGAAGAUCCUCUUCUCUGAGAGGGAGAUCCAGAACCUUCCUGAACACAGCCCCUCUAAAGGUUUCCAGCUGACUCGACAGGAGAUUGUGGCCUUACUGAACGGCUUCAGCAG